AUGCCUUUACAACUGAUAAAAGAUCAGCCAAUCAGAGUUGUCUUAGGAUUUGUCUGCAAUAAUGCCUCAACUUAUAAAGAGGGAAGUGCAUAUUCCACAAACUUAAAACGAGUUAUCAAUGAUCUGUCUCGUAAUGCACCUCAAAGUUCAGGCUUUAACACCUCUUACCGUGGCCAAUCUCCCAAUAAAGUCUAUGGCCUGCUACAGUGUAUGGGUAAUAUAUCAGCAGCGAAAUGCUCAAAGUGUUCAGUGGAGGCAAAUAGCACUAUUACAGAAAAUUGCGCCAACGACAUAGCUGGGCGAGUAUGGAUAGAUCACUGCUUCUUGCGCUAUGACAACUCCAAUUUCAUUUCAACAUUAGAUACCAACUUUGUUUUCCAAGUGAACGUGAAGAGUGUCACACAAGGAAAUCUUAUAGCUUCCAAGCGCAUAACAUUCGGUCAUCUGUCAGAUCUGAUUGAUAAAGCUUGCCGUCCAGAAAGUAUGGGUUUUUACUCAGGAAAAAGUGAGUAUUCUUCUACAAUGGGAAAUGAAAAGGCUUCGGGCCAGGUUUACGGUCUAGUACAGUGUUGGAGAGACAUAUCGAUCAAGGAUUGUAGAAAUUGUUUGUCGCAGGCGAACGAAGCUCUGAAGAGUUGUUGCUAUACUAAACAAGGCGCCCAGGCAAUGUCGGGAAGUUGCACGCUACGAUAUGAGAUUUAUCCCUUUGUUGAUCCACCUGCACCUCCAAGUAUACCACCCUCUCUUCCUCCAAGUAUACCGCCCUCCAUAACCAAGAGUCCUCGCUAUGAACCUUCCCCAAUGAGAUCAAAAAAGUCAUCAGGAAGGUUAUGGAUGAUAUUAGGGAUUAUUAUAGGCUCGAUAGUCAUCUUCGCUGCUUGUUCCUUGGCAAUCCUAAGGAAAUUUAAAUCUGCAGUUUCGAGGAAGCCAGUAACCCUUGUGAGGGAGAAUGAAGGUGAUACUGUAGAUUCAUUUACUAUUGUUUUCUGGUCUUACAUCUAG